ACUUGGCAUACAUCAUUCAGGACGGUAUCAUUCUCGUGCGUGGUGCCGUUCAUGGGCGCGCCGCGCUUCCCUCGUUCAGAAGAGACCGCAAAUGCAUCCAUGCUGCUUCCGAUUGGUGGAGCGCUAGCCGACGAUUCGCGAAGAGUGGGUUUAUUCUUUUGGCGGCGGAGAGCGGAAUUCGGAGAUCAUCGACAACAGCCGUCCCGAACUCGAGUUCCGUACUCGAGGCUACAGUCAACACAAGAUACAAGAGAACAGUUUCGUGAGGAACAAUGUCAUCUUCGUCUUCAGCGUUAUCGAGCUCGGGCGAAGAAGAAGCGCCACCCCCCAGGCGGACGAGGAGCUCAACGAGUCGUCAAGCUCCAAUUAAGCGACGAUCGCGAACACCGACGAAACGGGUUGUGUACAGCCCGGAGAGUUCCUCCGACGAGGAGAUUGCGCCAGCCAAGAGAAGAAGAAAUCCUCCACGCUCACCGCAGAAAGCCGCAAAUGACAGCGAUCCCGCCUCUACUGAACGCAACACGAGAAAUGCGAGAAAACGUCGCUCCGUGAGUUUCGUCAACUCGCCUCAAAAAGAUGAUCAGGGGAACGGAGCUGAGGCAGAGUCCGACUCUGAUACACCAACUCCCAGAGAAUCGUCGCCGCUGAGAGAGCAACAGAAGACAAGGACGCCCCAGACUUCGGUCGGUAGUCCCAGAAUGAAUGGCACAGUUCGAACCCCGAGAGCAAAAGCAGACAUAAUCCUGGAGGAGAAUUUCGUCCAUGCGUUGAAAAUGAACACAGCCAUGAUGGGUGAUCUCGCAGCGGAAUUGCGUCUCUUGCGUGAAGCCGUCGUAUCGCAAAACCGGAUGCGGUCAACCUGAAGAAUUCUCUUUGUGCGGAGAAGGCGCGCUUGAGCCUUCGACCCCCACUUGGAGACGAAGCCUCCCAAAACUCCCUUUUCGACCAUGAUAUCUUCUCCACAUCUCGAGGGAAGAGUUGCAUACUCCUUAGGUAGCUCAUCGAUGAAUGACCAAUUUGCCCGACACGUCACCAGGGGCGAUCGAUCUCGGAUAUAACGCAGGGAGGCUCUAUCUAUAAGACUGUUCAGAACGAAUGCCAGGAAGAGAGAUCCCGGUCUGAGGAAAUUUUUGUGCUGGGGAAGGUGAGCCUCUCGAGCAGCGCUUGUUGCCGCUCGAGGGAGAACAAACGCCUCGUACGACGCCUAGGCCAUUACUUGGACAAGCUUUGAGAUCCUUCAGAGACGAAGUUACUUCAAGGACAUUGUGGAAUCUUCAUAAAUUGUGGGAGAUUCCACAGUGUCGAGGAAUCUAAAUUGGAUGACAUACUUUUGGACGCUUAGACAGGAACUGAUUCGAUAUCAUAUGUCCUUCGUACCUGACCUUUGAUCACUCGAUGACUAAAUAAAAACGUGUCGUUUUCGG